GGCCGGUGUGCGCAUGCGCGGGAGGUUUGAACUGCAGGGCGGUUGGCGCGGGCGCUGGGCGAGGGAAUCGGCUCUCUGAUGUUCUUCAGCUGUUGGAGGUUUAUCUGUUUUCUUGCUUGUCUGUAAUGAAGGAUUGGAACCCAUGUGACAAAUGAGUAAAAUUCUUCAGUCUCAGCUGGGAGUUUGAAAAGAUGCAGCGAAAAAAGAGUUGUAAGACCCCAAAGCAGCCUCUGCAAGAUCGCCACAAAAUCCAGACUGAUCUCUCUGCGUGGCGAAAAGGGGGGAGAAUCGACCCUGAAAAAAGUGUCCAGGGUCAUCAAUCUCUCAACUACCAGGAAAGUAACAGCAAGCAAGACUCCCUUGAACCAGCUUUGAGCUACUUUGCAAAAGUUCAAGACCGCGUCUCGCUGAAAAGCAGCAGUGCUCUGCAGAGACACUUGGCUACUGUGGAAAGCAUUGCCCUGCAAAGAGGGUUACCCCCUGAGGCAUUUGGUGUAUUGCUAAAUACAGCACUCAGCGGCAAACUUGCCGAUACAGUGAAUACUCGUUUGCUGAAAAGCCUAAUUCCAGAGUCAGUAAUACCAGAAAGUUCUGUGGUUUCAUCUGUAUCUUGGCUGUGUGUCAGCAAAUGCUCAAGCAACAUCCAGGUGCUUUUUUUAAGAUGGCUGAUCACAGUUUUUGACUUCAUUGAUCACAAGGAAGACCUUCAUGCCCUCUAUGGUAUCUUCUUUCAGUUCGUGCAAGAUGGGAAGAUGUGCCCCUACAUCUGCCACCUGCUCUACUUGCUCACCAGGAAGGAGAAUGUCAAGCCUUUUCGGGUUAGGAGACUGCUUGACCUCCAAGCAAAACUGGGAAUGAGGUCUCAUCUGCAGGCUCUACUAUCACUUUACAAGCUCUUUCGUCCUGAGCUGGUGACCAUAACCCUUCCUGCAAAAACAAAGACUUACUUCAAGAAUGUGGAGGGCCCAUGGAAAGCGGCAAUCAAAAUAAUAAGGCAAAGAAAGCAGGAAGACUCUCCAGUGCCCCAGCCACUGUUUUUAGGCACAGUUCGACCUCAGUCACGGAAAAGGAAGUGGAAUACCCAGUUGAUGAUUCCUGCAACCAGUACACACAGAAAUCAUUUAGAAGAGGUCAGGGAAAAGAACAGUGAUUUGUACAGUACAGAUGAGCGUUUUCCAGUGGAGCAGCUGCAGACUUUUCCUCAGCUCCUACAAAAUAUCCACCAUCUAGAGUUUCCUUCCCAGAUGGGUUCAGUGUUAACAAACCCUUUAUUGCUUCACUACAUGAAUUGCGUCAAAGAUGAAUCUGUUUACCUGAGGCUCCACUUCUGGUUGGGCCAGACUCUUCAGGAAGAAUGUACUUGGUGUGUGGCUGCUAAUAGCCAAUAUGAAGAAGAAUUCAAGGACUUCUUGGAAACUCUCUGCAGAGCACAGUCUUUCUUACAUGAGGGACUUUCUCCCUGUGAAGAGUUCCUGUACAGGAGCCUUCCUCUCUGGGAUGGCUUGUGCUGCCGAUCACAAGUCCUCAGACUUGUGAGCUGGAUCCCCCUCAAAAGCUUCUCUGAAAUGAAAUCACAUCUCUAUGAUCCCCUGGCACAGCUCUUCUUCACAUCAUCCCUUUACUUUAAGUGCAGUGUUCUUGAAAGCCUGAAGAGGCUGUUGCAGAACUGGUUAAAUUCGCAGAUGGUUCAUCUGGAUUCAGCAGCUGACUCUCAAAUCCAUUCUUCGAAUACAACCAUUUCUGGACUAGUGAACGUGGUGGCUGAACUGAUCCACUUUGUUGGAAUGAUCUCUACAGUUGCCCUGCGUUUGGAAAGCAAUCAUACAUUCUUGCUGUACUUCAUCCUUGAUUUCUAUGAGACUGUGUGUGACAUGUAUCUGAUGUACAAUCUGCCUUUGUUGAUAAUGCCUCCUGCUGGAGUUUUCUACCCAAUGCUCCUCAGCAUGGAUUCUGUCAGCUUGAAUCAGCUCUGCUACAUUAUGUACAGGUAUCGAAUCAACUUGGUGGCUGCAAAAGAAAAUGAGCAGAGUAAAAAGGAAAUACAGCAAUUCAGGUUCAGCAAUGAGACAUACCAAGAGUACAACCAGUACAUAACAGCUAUGGUGGGUUGUCUGUGGACAUCCAAUGCAUUCCAGAAGGAUAUUCAUCCUCAAGGUCUUCGUAUGGAUGAACUGCUGACUAAAACUGCAAUGGAGCAACACAGAACCAGCUUGAACAUUGUCUACCACCCAGCCAUGAUAGGCUAUGCUGUCCUCUUCCUGCAGCAGGCUUGUCCAGGUGAUACCACCUUCAACUUCAGUUUAAUUAAGGGAAAAAAGUGGAAUUGGUAUCUGGAAUACCUCUACGCAAAAGGUUUAGAGGGCCUGAAGCUCUUUAUUGAAAGCAGCAUCAAUCGUGUUUCCCAGACCUCUCGGAGUAAAGCAGGGAAUACGGAAAUGUGACCUGGGACUCGCCAGAGCCUUUGUAUCAUCUGGUACAAGAAAGCAGAAUAUAAUGGACUGUGUCACUAAUUCUUCCUUCCUCAGAGGAAAGAAACAGAGCAAUUACCCUUGUCUGCAUUUUUGUACUGACAUCUAUUUUAGGAAUGUGAGGACACAGAAGGAAUGCUGAGUAGUCGUGGCUGCUGGCUUGGCUCACUAAUACUGAACCCCCUCUUGUCCCUGCUGAACUUCUCUGGUCUGAGAGUGCUGAGCUCAGAUGUUAUGUAUCAUCCUCAUUUUUCUCUGUUGGAGUAUCUGCUUUGAUUGAAAAACAUUUUCCAGCUCAAAAUCACAACGAGCAAUGCUGCUUCAUUUGUAAGUAGUGCUGAUCCCUGACCUUUGCCUUCCUUGACAGUAGGUGAUGAGAAUCAGUUGAAUCAGUCUUUCAGGAAUCCCAUAUAUGUUCUGGAUUGUAGCAUUAUGAGUUUUCCAAUUCCCUGUUGCAGCAUGUACAUACUGACUGUUAACAGGCUGACCAAACUGACCUUCCAGAGCUUCACUUUCAUUGUGAAGCUUCCAAAAGAGACUUUUUGCUAGAAUUGCUUAUAAAGUUCUUCUACUGCAACUGGAAGAUUUGGUGCUCAGUUGGAUUUAUUGCUGACUUCAGCAAAAAUGUUCCCACUGGCUCAUCAUUUUUUGAGAAAUGCAAACAGCUUUCCUUCAUGUGGUUUUAGCUCUGUAUGUAUUGUAUAUUAUAUGUGUACAUAUAGAUAUAAUUUAUAUUCUGUAAAA